AUCUGUAAGCGCUGUAAGCUGCUGUAAGCAAGGAUAAACGCUGACACUGAAAUCACGACUGGAGCCGAAAUCCACCAAAUAGAGUGAAAUGAAGUGAAUCGAUGGAAGGCAAGACUGGCAGGACAUUGGUUAUGGGAAAGAAAUCAAGCCUUUAAAAGUCGAAAAGUGCAGAAUCCAGAGAUAUGUUUGUCACAUAGCAACUUGAAAUCAAAUUUUUUCCUGUAGUUGAACCUCGAGCAAAAACGGAGAUCUAGGAAACAUGAAAUUAAUUUGCAACAUCGAGGUCAGCUUUAGACAAGCGGUUACAUCAAAUUGUAUAAGUACGAGACGAAAAUCUCGACAAGCCUGCCUUACCCUUGGAAGAUACUCGGUUAAAAACAAUGAACUUUAUAUUCUUCUGCAAACCCAGCAGGAUAAACAAGGGAUUAAAUAUAAAAUAGACAAUAAUAUCGAAAAGAUAUUUGCAAACUUUGUUAAUGAAGGAAAAGCCACCAUAAGAAUGAAGGAACCACCCCAUGAUUUAAUUAUCCAAUCUGAUACUCUUCAAUUGAAAAGUUUCCUUCAUGUUUUAAAAUUAGGAAUCUCUAAAUCAGCUGAUCUUAAUGUGCUAAAUGUUUCAAAUUUAAAUCCUAAAAAUGUGUUGCCAGGACAGAGGAGUAAAAUUAUUAUAAGAAAGGCUUCAGAUUAUCCAGUACUUCAAGGGUUUUCAAAAACGACGGAAGAACUACACGUCGUUGGUUUAAAACGAAAAUCAUUCGACCGGCAAAUUUUGAGGCUGCAAUGUUUAAGAGUCCUGAAUUUAUCGGAUAAUCAAAUUUCUGCCUUGCCAAAAGAAUUAGACUUAUUGAAGAAUUUACAGGAAUUAAAUUUAGCAAAUAAUUUACUUGGAAGUGCCCCUCUUUCUAGAUGGGCAUGGCUUAACGGAGAAAGUAUGCGACAUGGUCUAAGACUUUUGGACAUUAGUUCCAAUAAUAUUGCCACAUUGCCUCCACAAAUUGGAAACUUGACAGCUUUGAUAACACUUAAGGCUGGUGAUAAUGCACUGUCGUAUUUGCCCCAAGCCAUUGGAAGCAUGAUAAAUUUAAAAUACCUAGACAUAUCUGGGAACAAGUUAUUAUUUUUACCAGGCAGCUUGAAACAUUUAAGAUUAAAUGAUCUUGACAUUUCCGGAAAUCCAUUUAAUCCAUCCGAAACGUUUUCCAUAGUGAGAAUGGGUGUUUUCAGUUUAGUUGAGAUCGCUGCUCGCGUGGUUUUGAAGAAAAGAGUACCUUAUACAUCGAGCAAAAUUCCAUUAACUCUAAUUAAGCAUCUCGAUGAAGCACAGCUUUGCACGUGUGGUAACCCUUGUUUAAAUUACUAUUUUCGCAGGGUAAUGAACAUAGAAUUAAAUGGAUUCACCAGUAGUUUUAAAGUAUCCGGUAACUGCAGCCCAAAAUUUGACUGUUAUUUCUGUUCUUUAUCUUGCGUUCAGCGAUACUCAAAGUUCAGUAUGUUAAAUUAGAUCGAGCAGAAUAAGUUUUCAUCCUGUCAAUUUGUAUAUAGUCAUCGAUUUUUUAUUAAAUUCUCUAUCCAUGCAUAUUAAUAAGUGUGAAAUAUUAACGAUGAGAGUCUUUCCGACAAUAUUUAAUCAUGUACGAUAUCGCUAACGCGUUAGCUUAUUUCUGCUACUAUGACUAUUUUUUGUACAACACAAGUAGUUUUAAAAUAAAAUUGGUCGAAAAUUUAAA